AUGCCUUCCGGAGGAUCUAGAGGUGGUGGAAGGAGUAGGGGAAAGGGCGGUAGAAACGGAAAGAAUCGGAUGUCAAAAUUGAAUGCAACCCAGGACAUUGCAUAUGAGAGUCAGGAAAUCGAGUUCGAUCUGGGGCUCAAUGACCUGGAAGCUGAUGAUAUUAAACCGAAAGGCAAGAAACGAGUUAAAUGUUCCCUCUGUGGGCAAAAAUUCGGUUCCCUUGCUUCACAUUCAAGAUGGUGCGAUGGCGAUGCAGGGAAAUUGUUGGAAAAGCGUAGAAAACUCCAAAAUGCAGUGUCAGAGGAGGGUAUGAUGGUAGACUCGGAGGAUGUGCCAGGGGUAGAUAUGGUGGAAAACGAGCCUCACGUUCAGAUCCAGGAAACCAUUCAGAUUCCUUCAUUAUCACAAUCGACACGGCCUCGUCGAAAACAUCGAAUGCCUGCAAGAUACACAGAUUUUGUUGUUGGUACUCAGAAUGCAAUGAAUGACAUUCCGAUUCCGGCCAAUUCUCCACGGGUUCAUGAUCAAUUUUCACCUUCGUCUUCCCACUUGUCACCAGAACACGAGAACUCUCAUUCGCCAGCUCCAAUCUCCGAACCCAUCUUCCUUUCCGAACCCAAUAAUGCCUCCCUGUUUAGAAUCCAUCGGUACUUCAGCCCACAAAAUGAUCCAUACAUCAGUAUGACCCUCGCCGACACUUCUGACAUCUCCUCCGGGGAAACAGAUCGCUCCAGGAGUGAUGUUUUCGGCAGAAACGCAACAGACACAGUGGCCUCAAACGAUAAUCACAGUCUCUUUCCGAAUCCUACCCUCCAUCGCCUCAUGAAAUGGCACUAUGACUCUAGUCGUUCGAAAUCACUCAAAAGUCUCGAUAGACUCGUAAAGGAUGUUUUCCUUCAACCCGACUUUGACGUCGAGCACCUACAUGACUUCAGCGCCAGAGCUACUGCUGCUCUACUGGAUAAACCAUUUGGGGAGGGGCCGGAGAGUACCGGCGUGCCUUUUAAGCACUUCGAUGGAUGGAUAAAUGGGUCUGUUCAAAUCAAAUUAGUUCGAGCAAGGAACCACGUCGAAGAAUCCGAGGCACCAACUGUGGACAUCAACAAAGUCUAUUACCGUAGGCUUUUUGACGUGAUCAGGGCUGAGAUGAAGGAACCCUAUACAGCGCAGUUUUUCCUCAAGCCGUUCAUGCUGUUCUGGCAGCCCUCAAAUCGCCCACUCCAGCGUGUGUAUGGAGAGGCUUACACCUCCGACCGCAUGCUCGAGUUUGAGGCUGAAAUUAUGGCCAAGAUUCAAAACCUUCCCAAAGGAACCAUACAGCACGAAGUCGGAAUCGUCGCUAUCGCUUUGUAUUCCGAUUCGACAUUGCUUUCAAAUUUCGGCAAAGCGUCAAUGUGGCCGGCGUACUUCACGUUUAGUAACUGGUCAAAAUACCCUCGUCUGAAGCUGGAAUCUCAUGCUAUGAACCAUAUUGUCUAUUUCCCCUCAUUACCGGCGACAAUAAAUGAACAUUACGAAACACAUUUUGCUAGUAUCGCGCAGGACGCCGAGCUGAGGUUCUGCAAAGUGGAACUACUACAGGCCAUAUGGCAUCUUCUUGUAUCGGAUCCAGAAUUUUAUGAUGCAUAUGUGAACGGUUACGUUGAAGAGUGUGCUGACGGGAUUAUGAGGCACCUCUUUUAUCGUUUUUUCUGCUACUCAGCCGACUAUGUCGAAAAGGUGAUGCUUGCUUGUAUAAAAUUCCUUGCCCAACACCCUUGUCCACUUUGUCUAUUGAAAAAAGAAGACAUGCAUAGGUUGGGCACUAAGGCGGACAUGAAAACCCACGAGACGUUGGCACGGGAGGACAGCGACGACCUUAGGAAAGCUAUUAAAAAGGCACGACAGUUAAUCUUCGAUCAUGGCUAUUCCGUUUCGAGUAGAAGGGUUCAAGACCUUCUGGGGAAAUAUUCCGCUCAACCGAUUCAAAGCGCAUUUUCUAAACUUUACCAGCCUCAUGGACUGAACCACUUCCUAAUGUAUCCGCCAGACCAGUUUCAUGACAACACCGGAAGGUCUUCCGAUUAUCAAAAGCAUAAUGUGAGAAUUUUACAAGCAACAAAUAAAAGUCACGUCGAGUACUUAAAUUGGAGGUAUAGGCAAGUUCCUACAUUUGGAAAUGGUACAAUACGUAGAUUCAAGAAAGACGUUGCCAAGUUCUCGAAGUUUGCGGGACGGGACUAUGAGGAUGCUCUUCAGUGCGCAAUGCCAUGCUACGAAGGUCUCUUCCCAGAUGAGCUCGACCCUUUGAUCCAGGACCUCACCUUCACCUUCGCGACAUAUAUCAGCUAUUCAAGCCUCCGUCAACACACCGAUUCUACUCUGGCAACAUUCAAGACAGUGACGAAAGAGUUAGGAAGAUCAUUUCGUGAGUAUGUCCGGGCUGUGACGGACAUCGAUACUCGCGAGAAUGACAAAGAGGUUGAAUCUCGCAUUAAACGAAAUCCUGAUGGAGGGACGGAGCCUCGCAAAAAAUGCUUUAGCUUGACCAAUUACAAGACUCAUGCCUUGGGACAUCAAAUUGACGCUAUCCGUUAUUGGGGAACAGCCGAUGGAACCAACACACAGGCGGGUGAACGCGAACACCACCGUGUCAAACAAUUAUACGGCGUAACCAACAAGCAUGAUUUCGAAGGCCAAAUAGGCAAGCACGUUAUGAGACAGCAAAGACUACACUGGGAAGCGGCACGUACUAGUGCACGGGUACCGGAGAAAUUGAAACCAGAAGAGAUGCCUCCUGACGAUCCCUCUGCUCAUCAUCACAUUCCAUUGUCUGAGAAGAACCCCAUGAGAUUCGAUGUUCUAUUACAACCAGGUCUUCCCCCCAAACCUGGUCUCCAAAACUUCAAGCAGAAAUUACAAAGGCACUUACUAAGCCAGAUACUUGACGUAGAUCCAGAGGGCUGCCCUGACCAUGAACUCUACAAAGUGGUCUUUGUGGGUAACCGGUUCUUCAGACACCAGAAAUUUCGAGUCAAUUAUACAAGUUAUGAUCUGCGCCGUAAGCAAGACACAAUUGGAUUCAGGCGCCGCCCUCACAUCAUGUUGCUCGCUGAUAAUCCCGAUGCUUCGCAUCCUUACCUCUAUGCCCGUGUCAUAGGCAUUUAUCAUGCCAAUGUCAUAUGGUUCCAGCUGGACGAAAGUUAUCCAUGGGGCUGGAGAGCAAAGCGGCUGCCUCGGUUGCAGUUCCUGGAUGAACACGACCCUGAUGCCUUUGGUUUCGCUGAUCCAACAGAUGUCAUUCGAGCAUCACACUUAAUUCCGGCAUUCCACUAUAACACAACACAAGCUCUCCUUUCUGAAGGCUCUUUGGUUCGCCUCUACGAGGAAUAUUAUGAUGGAAAAUAUGUAAAAGAGGAUGAAGAUUGGGUUUACCACUAUGUGAACUUCUUUCCGGAUCGAGAUAUGUUUAUGAGGUACCGUGGCGGGGGCAUUGGACAUGCAACAACAGACCGGUAUACUCGCCGACUCGAAGAAGAAGCUACUCAGAACGACGAAGCUCUUCCAACCUAUGAUUCAUCGGGGAUCCGUAUUCACUGGCAAGACGAUGACAACUACGACGAGGAAGGCAAAGAAUCGGACUUGGAGGAUAUAGACUCUGAGGAUUUUCUUGACUCUCUUUCUCAGAGAAUGGUAGGUGACAACGACAGCAAUGACGACUUGGACAUCGAGAAGGAUGAGGCCAAUUCGGAAUCGUCAGACAGCUCCUCCAAUGGAGAGGAGAGUACUGAUGAGGACUAUGAUUGA